AUGCGCAGCGCAGCCCCGCAGCCCCUUUAUAAGCCGCUGAGGCGGCGCUGGGGCGACAGCCCCGGGGAUGCGUCCCAGCUAGGAGCCAGGUCCAAGAUGGGGGUCAUGUCUCCGUGGGCCACGGGCCUCCUGAUGUUCCAAAUGCUGCUGCUUGUGGUUGGGGAACAGGGCACACAGGAUGCUGAGAAGGGGCUCCGAAUGCAGAAGGUGGGGUCCGGGACGGUGCAGGCUGCGCUCGCUGAGCUUGUGGCCCUGCCCUGCCUCUUCACCCUGCGGCCCCGGCCAGGCAUGGCCCGAGAUGCCCCUCGGAUUAAGUGGACCAAGGUGCGGACGGCAUCUGGCCAGCGACAGGAUGUGCCCAUCCUUGUGGCCAAGGACAACGUGGUGCGGGUGGCCAAGGGCUGGCAAGGACGUGUGUCGCUGCCCACCUAUCCCUGGCACCGCGCCAAUGCCACACUGCUGCUGGGGCCACUGAGGGCCAGCGACUCCGGGCUGUACCGCUGCCAGGUGGUGCGGGGCAUUGAGGAUGAACAGGAUCUGGUGCCCCUGGAGGUGACAGGUGUUGUGUUCCACUACCGGGCGGCCCAGGACCGCUAUGCACUGACCUUUGCCGAGGCCCAGGAGGCCUGUCAUCUCAGCUCAGCCACCAUUGCAGCCCCGCGGCACCUGCAGGCUGCCUUUGAGGACGGCUUCGACAACUGUGAUGCUGGCUGGCUCUCUGACCGUACUGUUCGGUAUCCUAUCACCCAGUCCCGUCCCGGUUGCUACGGCGACCGUAGCAGCCUUCCGGGAGUGCGGAGCUAUGGGCGGAGGGACCCGCAGGAACUCUACGAUGUCUACUGCUUUGCCCGCGAGCUGGGGGGGGAGGUCUUCUACGUGGGCCCGGCCCGCCGCCUGACCCUGGCCGGAGCGCGUGCCCAGUGCCGCCGCCAGGGCGCCACGCUAGCCUCUGUGGGGCAGCUGCACCUGGCCUGGCACGAGGGCCUGGACCAGUGCGACCCCGGCUGGCUGGCUGACGGCAGCGUGCGCUACCCGAUCCAGACGCCGCGCCGGCGCUGCGGGGGCCCGACCCCAGGCGUGCGUACAGUCUACCGCUUUGCCAACCGCACGGGCUUCCCAGCGCCCGCCUCGCGCUUCGACGCUUACUGCUUCCGAGCGCAUCACCCUACGUCACAACAUGGAGACCCAGAGACUCCCUCCUCUGGGGAUGAGGGGGAGAUUCUGUCAGCAGAGGGUCCCCCGACCAGAGAAGUGGAACCCAGCCUGGGAGAGGAGGAGCCAGUCUCCACUGACUUUCAGGAGCCUCCGGUGUCUAGUGGGGAGGAAGAGCCCCUGAUCUUGACAGAGAAGCAGGAAUCCCAAGAGACCCCCAGCCCUGGCCCCAGGAGCACCACACUGGCCUGGGCCUCCAUGUCCUCCUUAGAGGCUAAGGAGGCAUGGCUGAGCACGGUGGCCCCCAGCCCUAGCAGCGAAGAGGGUACUGUGGUGGGAACUCACACAGAGGCCCCCCUGGCAGGCCCAACACCCAGGAGGAAGGGGCGCUUCAAAGGACUGAACGGGCGGCACUUCCAGCAGCAGGAGCUGGAGCAAGGGCUGGACGGGGAGCUGGAGGCCAGCAUCCUGCCCCCCACCCUGGAGGUCACAGGGAACCAUGUGGAGCCUCCCCAUCCCAUGGGGGCCACCGAGGCCUCGGCCGACCCAAGUCCCUGGGACAUCCUGAACAAUGAAGUGGAAGGACCUGGAGCCUUCCCACCCAUCAGCCUGGAGCUCCAGGAAGCUGAUGAACCCACCAUGAGGCCAGCUGCCUCCACCCAGCCCUGGCCCCCCUCGGAGUCCCCUACCCUGGCUCUAAGCCCCAGAACCGACCCCCAGGAUGCCUCCCUCAUGGUUACUUCCCUGGACUUCCCUGUCAUGGCCAUGCUGCGUGCCUCCAAACCAUGGCUCCUUGCACCCCUUACGCCUGUCCCCACUGAGGGCCUUGGGGCUGAGGGGCAUGGUAAGCCCACAGCUUUCCCACUUGCCCCUGCCUCAGAGACUGAGGCCAGCCUUCAGGGCCUCAGCAACCCAGAGGCAUCUCCCCAGUACCCCUCCUUGGGCCCCCCAAGACAGAGUGGAGAGGCAACAUCCCUGAUUCUCAGUGGCUACAGAGCAAGCAGCUCCCCAGCCCCCUCACAGGAAGUCAUGGACCCAGGAGCCAGAGCCAUCCCCAACUCCAUCAGCACCGAUGCCAGGGAAGUUGGGGGGACCAGCUCUGCCCGACUCAGCAAACCUGAGCACCCCAGCCCCAGCUCAUUUGCUUCCGUGGGCAAGAACAUGGCAGCCGACUUCACCCCUGCUGAGACCACCGCUGAGCCCACAGGAGCCGGAGACAUCUUGGGGUCUGAGUCUGGCGUCUUCAAUCUGCCAGCCACCAUGGAUGAGGUGGACAGUGGUGGGCUGCACCUUCAACCCCAGGCUGCACCCUCAGGGGGCCCUGGAGUCUCCUUGGUGCCUGGAGUCCCCCUGUUUGACAGAGCAGGAAACCUGAGUUUUUUAGAGCCUCAGGCAGCUGUGGAUGGAGGAGCCAUGGAGGGCCCCACAGAUCCCACAACAACGGGGGACCUGGUGAGUGCUGGUGGAAUUUGGGAACCUGGAUCCCGUGUGGCUGAGGGAGCCGAAAGCUCUGCCUUGGGCCCACCAGUGACUGUGGAUACGAGAGUGGUGACGUCACUCACAUCCCUGGACCUGGAGGACAAGCUUGAGGUCCUGGCUACAUCCGCACUGGCGUCCUCAAGUUUCGAACCCCACCCAGAGGCAGAGGGCCAGUCAGGGAUAUUGGGGGCCUCAGCCCCUCCGUGGAAGGGUAGACCUUCGUGGACACCAACUGCAGCCAUUGUGGAUGAGGCAGCUUCCAUUUCCUCAGGGGAGCCCACCACCCCAUGGGAGUCCCCUGGCACCCUGCUGCCCUCCUCUCUGGGCCCCAAGGAGUUGGAUCUGGAGGUCCUAGCAGGGGGCCCAGGUGUGGAGGGCCUCUGGGAAGAGGCAGCAAGUGGAGGAGAAGAGCCAGCCCUGCCAGGGACCACCACUGAGGGAAGCAUGGAGGAGGAUCCCUCUGAUCCCUGUGAGAACAACCCAUGCCUGCAUGGGGGGACCUGUAAGGCCAACGGCACCAUGUAUGGCUGUAGCUGUGAUCAGGGCUUCGCUGGGGAGAACUGUGAGAUUGACAUUGACGACUGCAUCUGCAGCCCCUGUGAGAAUGGAGGCACCUGCAUUGACGAGGUCAAUGGCUUUGUCUGCCUUUGUCUCCCCAGCUAUGGCGGCAGCCUCUGUGAGAAAGACACAGAGGGCUGUGACCGCAAUUGGCACAAGUUCCAGGGCCACUGCUACCGCUAUUUUGCCCAUCGACGGGCAUGGGAAGAUGCUGAGAGGGACUGCCGCCACCGAGCUGGCCACCUGACCAGCGUCCACUCACCUGAGGAACACAGCUUCAUUAACAGCUUUGGGCAUGAAAACACAUGGAUCGGCCUGAACGACAGGAUUGUGGAGAGGGACUUCCAGUGGACAGACAACUCAGGGCUGCAAUAUGAGAACUGGAGGGAGAACCAGCCGGACAAUUUCUUUGCGGGCGGGGAGGAUUGUGUGGUGAUGGUGGCACAUGAGAGCGGGCGCUGGAAUGACGUUCCCUGCAACUACAACCUCCCCUACAUCUGUAAGAAGGGCACAGUGCUGUGUGGCCCCCCUCCAGCAGUAGAGAACGCCUCACUCGUCGGUGCCCGCAAAGCCAAGUAUAAUGUCCAUGCCACCGUCCGCUAUCAGUGCGAUGAAGGGUUUGCCCAGCACCACGUGGCCACCAUCCGGUGCCGAGGCAAUGGCAAGUGGGACAGGCCCCAGAUCGUCUGCACCAAACCCAGACGGUAUCAUCGCAUGAGGCGACACCACCACCACCACCAACACCACCACCUACACCACCACCACAAACCGCGCAAGGAGCGUAGAAAACACAAGAAACACCCGGUGGAGGACUGGGAGAAGGAAGAAGGGAAUUUCUGCUGAGAAAUCAGGCAAAAGAAAGCACAACCACCCUCCCCCACCUCCUCUGGAGCCUUCACCUGGGGAGACAGAACCCAGAGAGAAACAAGAGGGUCCUGAAGUCCCUGAGCCCCAAACCACAUCCCCCUACUCCCACAUAACCCUUUGUAAAAAGCUCCUGUCUCUUCCUUACGUACACAAGAUCCUCUUGACAGGUGUAGCCGUGUGUCUGAAAAGUCAGUUCUCGUCAGUCCAAAAUCUGGGAGAGUCUCCCAGUGGAGGGAAGCACAAUCAGCA